AUGAAGUUCACCGCUGCUCUCGCUCUUUUCAGCGCCGUUGCGCUCACGAACGCCCUUGCUAUCCGCCAGAGCAACGCGCAGACCUUCACUGGAGCCCUGGGUGGCGUCGCCGCGACGCCUAUCGAGGACUCUGGCGAUGCGAAGCGCCCCUUCUCUGUAGCAGGUGCUACUUUCGUUAACCUCGCCGCGGCGGUGCAGCGUUCUUGCGAUCAGCAAUUCAACGCGUGCGCCAACCUCGCGAAUGGCGGUAGUCAGGAUGUUGCGUUUGCGGAUUGCACUUCGCAGAAAGGUAUGUCACGAUUCGCGGCUGCAGUAUCCGUAGAGAACUGGGACUGA